AUGGUCCGGCUGGACACCAGAUCCGAGACGCGGCGCUGGCUGUUGCUGCUAGGUGCUGCAGUGACCUUCGUGGUGUUUGCCCCUCGCGGGCUGCUGGUCGGGCUGACGGUGUUGGCCUUGCUUGGAGCACGUGUCCCACAGCGGCUGCUGCAGAGACUGAGCCGGGUGAAGGAGUCGCUGAGCCCGCGGUCCUCUGAGCAAGAAGCCGCUUCGCCACGGACACCUUUGGAAACUGCAGAUGGGGAUUGGGGGCCUGCGCUGGUAUUGGUCUUCGAGGCAAAGAAUUCUUUGACUGGCAUCCAGCAGCUGCGCAUCCGACCAGGGGAUGGUGCAAGAUCCUGGUCCUUGGAGGAUCUCCCCCUCUCAGAUCAUCCUGCGCACUCUCCGGCCUUUUUGCCGGAGGCUGUUGCGGAUGCGCUUGAGCGGAUGACAUGGAAGCCGGCGCAGCAGCUGCCGUGCAGUGAGAUGCUGAAGAGGCUUACGGAUGCCGGUUUGGAAUAUCGCCUCGGUGCCUCUUCUGGUGGCGAUUAUAUCUUCUGCAGCGUCCGCCUCCCUGAGGCCACCGUGAAGGCGAAUCUCAGCUUCUAUCACUUGUACUUGGAGCUCCAUCCGGAUCGCGCCAGGACGUAUGCUGCAGAGCUGGGCAUGCCCCUGGCGGUGUGCACGCGGGGUGGAGCGUUCCCGGAAGCACGUCAAUCCACAGAAUCCUUCGACUCGCGUGCGGCCGAGGCAGACUUCGCAGUGCACGAAGGGUUGCCAGACGACAUCUGGGAGGACUUGCACGUGCGCUUCUAUCCCAACAUUCCCAGCCGGGUGUUUCGACAUGUGCCCCUGGUGCAUGGCAAGGACGGCAUUGCCUCACAGCCGUGCUCGCCUGCCAACGAGGUCAAUUUGCCUACGCUGCUACUGCCUUCGGAGCGACUACGCCUCUUGUUGAGCCUGGUGGCCGACGACAUGCCAGGUGCGACUGGCGAGAUGGGAGCGGGGUUCAAGCUCGACCAGUGGAAGCGGCCAAAGCUGUGCAAUUGCUUGCUCCGGACUUGUCGCAACUUCGGUGCACGACGCUACGCGGCGACCACUGCAGAUCUGAUGGACAAUCUCCGCCAGGUGCCUUCAGCCUUCUCUCACUACUUUCUCAUGCAGGAUCCCCGGGACGGCGCGUUUUCGGGGCUUCGCUUCAAGUUCGGCUUGCCGAGCUCGCCUCUGUUUCGAAGCGGCCUGCUCUCCGGUGUAGUCGACAAGAGCCUUCCGAGUCUGCUGCAGCACUUCUUCGGCCAGCAAAUCGGUUUCUACUUUGCCUUUCUACAGCACCUGUUCAGUUACGGUUUCGCUUUGACGGUCUUGCUGGCUCCGCUGCUGGCAGUCUACAGCGUGGACUGGGCACAGCACGUCGUGCAUGCGGUGAACACACAGGAGAAGUUGAAGCCUUUCCUACUGGUGGACGAAUUUGCAGCUGAGUUGGACUCCGAGGCAGCAAAGAGGCGCUGGCCUUUGUGGUCUCUGAUGGUCGGGCUGACGACCACAAUAUGGGGUCAAUGCGUCAUUGAGUCGUGGCACCGGCAGGAGCAGCGCUACGCCCUCCGCUGGGGAUCCUGGAAGGCACUUCAGACUCAUCGAGCGCCAAGGCCAGCCUUUCGUGGGCGGGUGGCUCUGAGCCGGGUGGAUGGCCGAUUGGUGCAGCUUCAUCACGACAGGAGGCUGUUUCAAGCGCGGGUUAUCGCUGUGAAUCUCUGCUUUCUGGGACUCUGGGUCCUGGUCUUCCUGAGCUUUUACAUCCUCCGCACAAGCCACGUCCAGGUGGCAACCGAGAACUAUGCGUCCAUGGGAGCGAUGUUCUCUGUUGCCCAAACAACUUUCGACAUCCACAACUUCUUUGAAGCAAAAGCUACGACGGGCACUGUUGGAUUGAUGCUGCCUCGACAGGGUAAGUGUGUUGCUGUACCACCUCUUCCGUGUUGUCGCCCACAUCCUGACAGACGCGGAGAACCACCGAGAGGAGGAUUCUUGGGAGACGUCGAUCCUAGUGAAGAAGUGGGCGCUGACGGUGAUUGUCCAAUGUUCUGCGACCAUGCAUUUGCUCUUCAUCCGGCCCUGGCUUUGGCCGUGUGCAUAUGGCAGUCCCGACAUCCGGCAUCGCCUUGGCAUCGAGAGCUGCGCCCUGUGGGACAAGGAUUGUUGUGA